CCGAAGACACAAACACUACAGCAGUGUCAACUCCAAAAAGGACAACUAUUUCUUGGAAAUACAGCACAUUGCUGGGCUUGUGUAUGCAAAAUUGGAUUUGGCGUUAACGCCAAAAACAAUAAAAUCGGACUUCGCUGCAACGGGCAUUUCUCCAUCCAAUCCCGAUAUCUUCAAGGAUGCUGAUUUUGUCCAAGUCGUUGAAUAGAAUUCUGAAGUAGUUGCGAUUGACACUGAUAUCUACGAACAUAAACAGCGGCGUAUUAUUUUUUUCAGACUAAUAUCGGUCGAGAAGAAGAAGUGGUCACAUUUGAACCGUCAACGCCUGAACCAUCCAAAUCUCGAUAGGAAUCAGUUAUGUCAGCUGCCACUACUUUUUCAUUGAUUUUAGAUGAAAUUGGCCCAUUGCAAGCCACCGCUGCCACAAUAAAACCGUCGAAACGUGGCCGAAAGACGAUGGGGAGUAGCGAGCUGACUUCUCCAGAAAACAUUGUUGUUUUGAAGGAGAAAGCAGAAGCAGCGAAGAAACUAGCACCGAAGAAGCCAACACCAAAGAAGGCAAAACCACCAGCCAAGCGUUCCAAAGCAAACCCAUCACCACUAUCGGAUGAAGAUGCAGACCUUUGCACCAUUUGCUUAAAGUUUUUGCCGACAACAUUGACCGCUUUUAACUCUAUCAAAUGCAUUUCGUCCAAGCGGCUGGUUCGUUUGAAGUGUGCAAAUAUGCGUACAAGUUUCUACACUUGCAAACAUUGUGAUAGCGAUUUUGAUUAA